AUGGUGCAGUUACAUUAUGUCAACGGUUUACGAGCUGGAAAGCAGCGAGCUCACAGGCGGACUUUCUCCCCCCUCCCCCCCCCGGCAUCAGACCCGGCCCAGCGCACCGCCGCUCCGCCCUCCGACGGCUCCCGGCGAGGGCCACGCUUCUCCCAAGCGCCCGCCGCCAUGGAGCUGGAGCAGGUGCCGCUGCUCUUCUCCCGCCUGCCCAUGUUCCCCUUCUUCGACCUGGCGCACUACAUGGCCUCCGUCAUGGCGCUGAAGGAGCAGCGGGGAGCUGUGGAAGUGUCAAUCCGCAGUCCAGUUGCUUGCUGGUUUAGUGCUAUGCUUUGCUGCUUUGGUGGAUCUGUUUUGUCUUCCUUGAUGCUUGGAGAACCUCCAGUAGCAUUUUUGGCAAAGACCACAAAUAUUCUACUGGCAUCUUCAGUCUGGUAUCUUGUGUUUUAUUGCCCACAAGACAAAUUCUACCAGUGCUUUGCGUUUCUGCCUCUUCGGCUUCUGGUUGCAGGAAUGAAAGAAGUGACUAGGACUUGGAAAAUAGUGGCUGGCGUUGCGCAUGCAGACAGUCAUUUUGAAGAUGCCUGGCUUGUCAUGAUAGCUGUGGGCUGGGCCAGAGGAGCUGGUAGUGGUCUAAUCUCCAACUUCGAGCAGUUGGUGAGAGGAGUGUGGAAACCUGAAACCAAUGAACUGCUGAAGAUGUCCUAUCCUGUGAAGGUAACUUUGAUAGGAGCAGUUCUCUUCACUCUGCAGCACAGCCAGUACUUGCCAAUCGCAAGACACAACCUUAUGUUUCUAUACACCAUCUUUCUUGUAGUUUCCAAGGUAACAAUGAUGUUGACAAGAUCUACAGCUUCUCCAUUUGCUCCCAUUGAGUCUGCAUUGAGCCAUAUGUUCUUUGGCUUGCAAAAACCACCACCCAAAGUGAAGGGUGAAGGUGCUUCAUCUUCCAAUGGCUCUUCAGUCUGUGACCAGUCGUCCUCACAGCAGCCCCGUGAUGAUGUUAAGAAGAGACAGGCAAAGAAAACAGAAUAAGUAGCUUACAAUACAUGACAACCUGUGAAAAUGUUUAUAUUUUAGAUGAGGCUGAUUGAAUUUUAUUUUUUUUUUAAUGUACAUGAGAUGAGAUUAAGGCUGUAUGAUAUGUUGUUGUUUGCCUUCAGAAUCUGUAUGGUAUGCUUUUGGAAUGUAUUCAGAUGUCUAGGUGCAUACGUUGGAUUUCUAAGUCUAAAAGUUCACAUUUUUAUAGUGCUUUUAAGUUCGAUCAUUUUUGUAUUUAUUAAUAGCUUUAAAUUCUUAGAUGCUAAAAUAACUUUCAAAACGUGACAGUUACUUUUUUUUUCUUCGUAUCACAUGAUUCACCUCUCUUUUUACUUCUUGAUUCUCACGUUUUGUUUGGAUACCCAGACUUGCGCUGCCAAGUGUUCACAGCACAGUGUCCCAAGUAGGAAAGCCUGAUUAAGGCUUAAUCACGUUGCACUGUAAAACUAUGAAAAAGUACCACAUAAUGCCUUUAAUAACAAAAAUAAUGGAAUUCUGUUUUAAUUCCCACUACUCUAGUUUAGACUUCCGUCAUUUACUUAAGUCAGUAUUUUUUGCAUUGUUUGUAUUUUUCAAAAUAAAAAUUAUCUGGCACUUUUAAAAAUCUUUACAGUUAGGAAUUAGAAGCAUUUCAGUAUUGUGAGCUAGCUUUGUUUUUUGUAAAUUUUUGAAUAUUUAGCUAUCUUUUGUGCAACGUGUGAUUUUUUUUUUUUUUUUUUAUGCUGUUUCUAGCGUCUUUCAAUUUGGGAUGAGACAUCUCUUUGCCUGCACUUUUAUCUAGGCACAAGUUUAUCUUUUCAAAGUCAAACAUUCAAACUUUUUUUUUUAAAAGAAAGAACACUGGACAGUACAUAUGCCUUGUUUAUCACAAGUUAUGCCCUGUUAUACAUGCUGUUAAUACACACAAAUACUAUUUUCUAGCAUUUACCUCUGGUGCUAUUGAGUUACUGCCAAAAGCACUGAAAGUCUAUAUUAAUGUUUGUUGCUAUUUGCUGCAUCCUGCUCGUUGCAUCUUUUUUUUGGAGCAGUUUUUUACUUCAGAACCAAGGUCUCACAGGUCUUGCAUUUUUAAGAUUCUAAUAUUUUCACAGAAGUCUUCAAUUUGAUGUGCCAUUUUUAGUACACAUUAAACAACUUUUACAGAAUGAGACUCUUUGUCUUUGGAGAGUGCUGAUUUGAAGAGAACU